ACAGCAUUUUUUUAUUUGUGAACCAUUCUUUGCUGUGAGACCACAACAAUGAGGCUGAUUUAUUGCUGCCUCCUGGCAGUUGCUCUGCUCAGCUAUCUGGCUGAUGCGGGCAAACAUCAAAACCCUGAGUGGCCACCAAAACAUCCACAUCCAUGGCCACAGAAACAUCACCCUCCGCCUCCACCUCCGCCGCAACAGAAACAUCAUCAUCAUCAUCAUCAUCAUCACCCUCAGAAGCCACGGGCACCUCAAGAUUCUCAGUGGCCACAGGCACCUCAGGAUCCUCAGCGACCUCAUGACCCUCAGAAGACUACACCUCCGAAUCCUCAGAAACCCCAAAUACCAACACAAACAUUUCACAGCUGCGAAGUGGAAGCACAAGCCAAGAUUCAUUGUGGUGCUCCGACCAUAAGUGCCUCAGAGUGUGAGGCCAUAAACUGCUGCUUUGAUGGAAAAAUGUGCUAUUACGGUAAAUCUGUGACUCUUCAGUGCACCAAAGAUGGCCAGUUCAUCAUAGUUGUAGCCAGAGAUGCCACCCUACCCAACAUUGACUUGGAGUCAGUUAGUUUGCUUGGAUCUGGCUCAAAUUGCCAUCCUGUUGGUACAACUUCAGCCUUCGCUAUUUACCAGUUCCCCGUCACUGCAUGCGGCACCGUGAUGAGGGAGGAGCCUGGUGUUAUAAUUUAUGAGAACAGGAUGUCGUCUGCGUACGAAGUGGCCGUUGGACGUCUUGGAGCCAUUACCAGGGACAGCCAAUAUGAGCUGUUUGUCCAGUGCAGAUAUAUUGGCACUGCAGUUGAGGCUGUGGUCAUUGAGGUUGGUUUGGUUCCUCCACCACCCCCAGUUGCAGCUCCUGGACCCCUGCGUGUGGAGCUCAGGCUGGGCAAUGGAAUAUGUACUGUCAAGGGUUGUGUUGAAGAGGAUGUGGCCUACACUUCCUUUUACACUGAUGCUGACUACCCCGUCACAAAGGUUCUCAGAGACCCAGUGUAUGUUGAGAUCCGAAUGCUAGAGAGGACUGACCCCCAUCUUGUUCUAACUCUUGGAAGAUGCUGGGCAACUAUAAGUGAAUAUCCUCAAAGUCUUCCCCAGUGGGAUUUGCUGAUUGGCGGCUGCCCCAACCCCGAUGAUCGUUAUCUAACCCACCUUGUUUCUGUGGAUCCUUCAUCUGGACUAAUGUAUCCAACUCACUACAGGCGCUUUGUUUUCAAAAUGUUCACUUUUGUAGGAGCUUCAGCAAGUGAUCCAACCAAGAAGGCACCUGCUGAUCCAGGAUUAAAUCCUUUGAAAGAAAAGGUGUAUAUCCACUGUAAUGUUGCUGUGUGCCAACCUUCUCCUUCAAAUACUUGUGAACCAAGCUGCCACAGACAGAAGAGAGAGAUUUCAAGUUCUACCAAGAAACUCUACAGAGAGGAGACCACUGUGGUUAGCAGCAAAGAGGUUAUCAUGGUUGACACAAGUGCUGAGUAACAACAUCCCAGAAGAGUGUUCUCAUCAAGUCUAUGUCCCUGAUUUCUCCUGACAUUAAAAUAAAACUUAUAUUGGCUGA